GUACGUACCCAUUGUAUUUUACACGUUCAGACAAUUCUAAAACAUCAUUGCUAUUCCCUCACACAACAACCUCGAGGGCUUAUAGAGGCUGUCCUGCAUCUACCUCCGAUUUCCUACCCAUUUAUGAUUCUUAACAAUAGCAACAUUUGAAGAAGAAAAAUGCAUUAUCAAAGAACUCAACAUCGCCUCCCUUAGAUUUCCAAACCACGUCAUGGAUGUUUCCUAUUUUGCAAUCACCUCAAUCACACUCAUUGGGCUAUUCGGAUCAGUGUCCGAUCUAUCAACUAUCUUCGCCUUUUCGAUCAUACGGAAUAGACAUUCAUUUUUCCACCCAAUUCAGAAGUAUGUUGACGUAUCAACCAUUAUCACCAUUGCUACGAGCACGGGUGUCCUGCUUUCGUUUCUUCAAAUUAUUCGAUAUGCCCGAGGACUUCGGGUAGCAUCUACCAAUCUAAAUGAUCAAUUUCUGAAGCCUAUGCUUUUUCCCACAAAAACAAGUCAUUUGAGGUUGUUUCCAAAGAGACAUGGUUUCUCCUACUCCUAUCUUUUAACUGGCAUACCCAUUGGUUGGACAGGAUCUUCAGGAGGAAUGAUUUCAGUCGAUGAAAAGAAUGAUGGAUUAACAUGGUAUAGAAGAUUAUUAUCCUUUCGACCGAUGAGUCCUUGGUAUGUCGUGGAUGGAGAUUCUUAUUUGGAGAGAGGCCAUGUUUCUGGUGGAUUGGAAGGAAAAUUGAAAAGAUUUCUUCACGAUCAGGGUAUAGAUCAUGAAGAUUAUCCAUUUGCAUAUCUCCUGACAUCUUCCAAGUUUCUUGGGUAUCAAAACAAUCCAGUUUCAAUAUGGAAUCUCUAUUCAAGGAAUAGAGAAUUGAAAGCUGUUAUCCUCGAAGUCAAUAAUACAUUCGAUGAACGUCAUACUUAUUUCGUUACACCAAAAGAUGCGGAAGAUUCCAAAAUAGAGAAACCAAAAGGCAAACCACCAAGGUUCACAAAUAGUUGGUCCAAGGAAUUUUAUGUUUCUCCAUUCAAUUCUCGAAGUGGUUUUUAUUCCGUCUCUGCUUCUGAUCCUUUUUUUCCAUCGCUUUCUGGAAAUAACCCUCUGGAUCUCACAUUAACGCUUAGUUCUACUGAACGUCCAUUCUUAGUAGCAAGAGUCUUCUCCGAUGGCCAUGCAUUCGACCCAUCUACCGAGUCGGUAGUUGGAAAGACUAAAUUUCUCCUAUCAUGGUGGUGGGUAGGAUUUGCUACGUUCCCCCGAACAAUAGCCCAAGCCUCUAUAUUAUUCUUUAAACGGUCCUUGCCAUGGGUUUCGCGCCCGGAACCAUUCCAAAUGACCAUUUCAAGACAUGCCGAUCAAACUCAAAAGUCUAUCGAGGGACUAUUUCGACAAUUUUUACAACAUCUUAUUGAGGUAGCGGAUCAGCCAUUGAUUUUAAAGUACAGACCUGCUGGGCUUCUUGAUAAUGCCGCAGAAAUUAUGUUUUCCCCUUCAGCUCAAAUGUCCCCGGAAUCAGCAAAAUCCAUAGAAAUAUCAGUACUUACACCGAUUUUCUACACCCAAUUCAUCAAAUAUGUCGACAUCGUCCAAGGUCUUGAAAUGGAAUCAAAAAAUGAAACCGUAUCCAUCUCUGAUUUGAAUCUUCUGUGGACACGACCUCUGAAGUCAGAGACGCAGCAAUCAAUAUCAGAAAAUUUAUAUUCAUCAGAUGUCAAUAUUCUUACCUGUACAUUUUUUCGAACAGUUCGUUCAACUCGUAUACCCUCUCACGCCGAUUCCACUGGAAAUAUCUUUUCAUCAUUUGACAAAUACAUUCUGAAACACACCGGUAACGCCACUUCAUUUUUGUACCAGAAGAUACUGCUCAAGAUGUGGCUUUGUGAUUGGAUUGCUCUGGGAUGGGAAGAUUUAUUGAAUUUCCAAUGGUGGUUGGUAAAGACUGGAAGCUUUUGGUGGUUAACAGGAAAGAUGUGGUUCGUUUAUUUGAGUGCAUACACUGUUUUGGGACAUUGAAAGCACAAUAUUGGGAAUAAUAUAUGGUAGAUGCGUGGGAUAUAUAGAAUAAUGAAAUUGAAAUACUAGAGAGCUCAACCCUCCAAGUCCCGCAACAUUCGAAUGCUCUCAUCCGCAAAUUGAAAACAUAACAAGUUCAGCCCAUUUUUUGCUUUCAAACAAUUUGAAUAUUCUCCAUUGAUAUUCCCAAGGAUUGUUUAUUGUUACUACUAGUAACAAUUUGUUAGACGUUGGGACACCAACAGAUGAAUACUGGAACCUAGCUUGUCUUUUAGUAAGGGUUGCCGAUGUGCAUCCCCUUCUCCCAAAACUCUUUUUUCUGCCCAAAAUAAUGAAUUCUCAAAUUUUGUAUCUGUUUAAACAAAUUGAGAUAGCAUGGUCUUUGCUGGUAGUGUGGUACCGGCGCAGUUUCCAUUGUCUCUUCUAUUUUUUGCGCUCAUCCAAUUUGCACAUUCACCCUCCAAAUUUUCCCAAGGAUGGUUUGACAUCAGUCUUUGAAAGUGCCAAUAGAUAAAAAAUUUUUAGGGCCCCUAGAGCAUUCUAAACGGUCUCUGCGAUUCUUUGGAAGGGUGUGCGAAAAGGUGCGGGAGGAUGUUCCGCGUAAUGAAUUUCACCUCGUCGACCGUCCAUUCGGCAUUUGUGUGGCUAUUACUGCCUGAUUGAUUCGACGGUAAUGCACCUGCUCAUAGCUAUAUUGAGCAUGUUCCCCAAAACUUUGCAGCUGUCUAAGAUAUCGACCGACACCCAGCGACUCUUUGGCUUCGCAAUCUACUCCCGCCUGAAGCCGAAGCAAUCAACUCUUUGGACGGACUUGACCUCAACGUCCCACCAGUCGUAAGCUACUCCAACAAACGGAACAUUAUGUGCUCCGCAGAUUGAAUUGUUGUUUUGUUAGGUUCAUUAGAUGGCGCACGCUCAAAUCACUAUUCUGUGGAAGCCAUCCACGCCUUUUAAGAUCGCGCACUCAGAAGGCCCCAUGUCCAAAUGCAGUCACUAUGGAAUGCUCGCACCCGGUGCAGUUCUUCCCCCAGGUAUAUUAUCUCGGCCAGCCUUAUAAUCGAGUUCGAAAAGUUUCGCAAGCUACCGCAUUCAAGUUGUUGUGAAUUUAUAGAUCGACCGAGUCGCUCUGUAAUCCAGUUGCGGGGCAGUCAGCUCAAAUUCAAUCACUCAUGCAUUCACCUUGAUUAAUCCGUUUCGCGUUUUGAAAUCAUUCCUCGCGGUUAUUCUAAUGCGCAAUGAAAUAGAGUAUUAUGUGCUCAUUGUUUGUUGAAAAUAUAGUGGUGAUUGAGUACA